CUACUUCUGGUCUUGAUCCAUCGAAUGGAUCAGUAGACGCUCGUGCUUCAACGAACGUAAACGGUCGUCUCUCUCUCUGACGCGUUUAACGCAGUCCGAACCACUUGUCGGGGUCAUUAUUGUUUAGAAGAACCGACAAAUAAUCAUUUAAUUCCAUUCCGUCCUCAUCCAGUUCGAGCUCGUUCCUAUCUCUGCACCACCUUCUUCCAUUCUUUUCUUUUUCUCCGCUCUAAUUUCAUUCAAUUUCGUACCCGCUGAAAUUUAAAUGGUCCGACUUAGUCUGGCCGCAGAUGGAAUUUCUGUAGGAUCUGAUUGUUAGAAUUUUGUGAUACUGAUUUUAUAAAUACCGAAUAAGCUAUUGAAUAUGGAACCAUAGAUCGAUCAUCGAAGAGAAAAAAAAUGGGAAAAAUGAGCGUAGCCAAUGGAAAGCCGGUUCCUAUCGAGAAAUUUAGUGAAUGCCCGGAGGAUCGUAAGAAACACGAUGCCGAAAUCAUGGAACCGAAAGAGAGUAGAAUACAGGAAAUGAUUAGUAACGAACUGCAAGGACAAAUGCAGGAAAUAAGACAAGAUAUUUUAGAGCUUGUCAAUAACCGAAUGAACUGCAUGGUAUCGGACAUUUUACAAAGAAUGGAUAAAGAAACAUCAAGCGAGUCCAAAGACAUUGUUGACUCAGAAAAAUACAGCAACAGAAGUAAACCAACGAAAGGAGACACUCUGCCCAACAAAAAAUUUCUGCCGAGGAAUUCAGUGCUGACCGACCUUUACGAAAUCAAACACAUCCGCGCAAUAUACAAUCUCAUCAUAUCGGUAUUGAUAUUACUAUUGAUACACACUGCUGUAUACGACAUUCGAACGACAGGAACACCAGAUUUCGCUCUCGGCACGAUACAAAAGGGCUUUGCCAAAUUUUCAAUAGUCUUUUACGUUUGGAGCCUUAUGGCAGCUUCUACUUCCGGAGUUUACGCAGCUUUUUGUUACUGGGCUACUCGUCGCGCUCAGUGGGAACCAAAAUCAUUCGCUAGAAAAAUUUGGGACUACGGGGCCUUACUAAGCUUCAUUGUCUACGAGAUUAUAUUCAUCAUACUUCCCACGAGAUCUGUGCUCAAAGAAGAUUUACCAAUAGCGUCCAGUCUGAUUAUACUUAUGGAACAAACUCGAAUGGUAAUGAAAACACACGCCUUUGUCAGAACCGUAGCCCCAAGAUUUUUAUCGUACAAACCGCAUUCAGAGAUGACAGCCCCAAAUCCGCCAGACUUCUCCAAAUUUAUUUAUUUCAUGUUCGCUCCGACUCUGAUCUACCAAGACAGUUAUCCUAGGACGAAGAAAAUUCGAUGGAAUUUCGUCCUAGUCAAUUUCGCCGAAGUAGCGACGGUCAUCGUCUUUGUCGGACUAUUAUAUCAACGACUGCUACAGCCGACAUUUGAAGACUUCGGUACACAGCCGAUCGAAGUGGGAAUGUUGGCCCUAAAUAUUACUACAUCGAUAACACCUGGAAUACUGUUGUUUGUGAGCGGCUUCUACCUUCUUCUGCACUCUUGGAUGAACGCCUGCGCUGAGAUCUUGCGAUUCAGCGACAAGAUGUUCUACAAAGACUGGUGGAACUCGAAGAGCUACAGGACGUAUUAUCGGACCUGGAACAUCGUGGUCCACGAUUGGCUGUACACAUUCAUCUACAAGGACAUGUACGAGAUCGUCACCUCCCGUAACAAGACCGCGUCCACGUUAAUGGUGUUCUUUAUUUCGGCGAUCUUCCACGAGUACAUCCUCUCGUUCACCUUCCGGUUCUUUUAUCCAGUGAUGCUAACCCUGUUCGGAGGCAUAGGAAUAGGCUUGACAGCGAUGAAAUCGUCGGGUAACGUGUUCAUAUGGUUCUCCCUGCUUCUGGGCAACGGUAUGAUAGCCAGCCUCUACUGCAUGGAAUAUUUCGCCAGGGUGAACUGUCCACCAUCGCGAGACGAUUUCCUCGAUCUCGUGAUCCCGAGAACCUGGACCUGCAUCUUCAAAUGAACACGCUCGAGGUGUCUCGGGCGAUCCAAGCACUUUUAAAAUGCGGUCGUGAAAGGCGUAUUGUGUCCCUCGAGGCGACUGAACCGAGUCGGGGAAACGGAAGAAAGCUGGAAUCAGACGGUGGUUAGAAUAGAUUUCAGGAUAUCUAGACGUUUGUCAUUCCAACGGAGAAGACGGUCAUUGCGAUCAGUAUUAGGCCUUGAUCACUUGAUAGGGAGGAUCGAAGGUGACGAUGAUGAGGUCGAACGAUACCCGUUUCGAUGGGUUUGGUGUGCAACUGAAAUUGUAGACGUGAUAUUAGACGUAAAUAAAUUCAUGUAUGAUUCAGUGAAA